GGGGCUUUUGUUCACUGAAUGGGGAGUCCCCUUGCCCUUCUCCUCCGUAUUAGGUUUCCUGAAAGCCUGCUGACACUCCCUGUCAACUAUACUUGGCUUAUAGAGGAUGCUGCCCUUUGAGGACAAUCUCUAACAUUCUUGAUCAUCAAUGAGCAAAUCCUACCAGUGGGGGAGCUGAGUCACAGGCUCCCUACAUGAAGUAGGGUUGUGAGGCAAGGCCACUGGGUGAUGCUGUAAUCUUCCAGACCCCUGUACCUUUUCUUCUGCACUUGGGGUUUCUCUCUCAUGGUUUUCCCCCACUUAUUCCAUAUCUCCAGGGCUGUAUUACUGUGUUGAAGAACGUUUUUCUCUGUACACCUACAUAUCAGGAAUUGGUGCUUUUAUAUGUCCAGGCCAAGUGUCUUUUAUAUGGGUGUUUAAUGAGUCCCUGGGUGUGGUGGUAUGAGGAGUUAGAAAGCUCAGAAAUGGAAAAUAUUUAACGUUCAGAGUAGCACAUGAAUACAACCUGUCCAUUUGCAUUUUCCCUUUCGCUCUGAGUCAUCUUCCCCUCUCCCCCCACCCUAUGAUUGCCCCUCCACCAGCCCCACCCACUGGCACACCCUGUCUGAUCUAGGAAGGGUUAACAUCUGCAUAUACCCAAGCUAGAAUGAGAGGUAGAUGGGGAAGGCAUGUUAGGUCUGGAGGGAGAAAGCAGAAGGCUGUCUGAACAUUUUGGGGUCCUGGAGCCAAAGGGAGAAACAAGAGUUUAGGGACAUAUUAUUUGGGUCUAGGAGGGGACUAGGAUCUAAGGGAGAAAAAGCCUAGGGUGAACCAGACUUUGUCAGGUCACCAGAGUAGCCUACCAAUGCCUAAUUUGUUUAUCUUCCAGUUACUUAUUGGGCAUAUAUGAUAUACCAGGCACAUAUCACAAAUGAUUUCUCUACGUUUGUUGAAUGAAUUAAAAAGCCAUAGGAUGAGGGAUAACAGAAUAAUAAAAAACAGAAAAAGAAAUUUGAGUCUCUCAGACCUCAUCCUUUCCCCAGGUUAACGAGUACUAAAGUGUGAAAACAGGGGAAAUCUCCUGAGAGCUUGACCCUUUUGACAGGAAGUGAAAGAAACCCCAGAGUUCUGAUUUCAGAGAAAUGUCAUUUGUCAUCAACCCAAGAAAAGGGAGUUUUCUCUUCGAGGACCACCGCGGGCCCUUCCUGGGGUUGCCCCCUUCAGAAGUUGAUGGGAGAAUCUGAGUCACUUGUACAUUCAGUCCCCAGUGGUGGCCCAGAUGACAGGGUCAUUUCCACAGAGCAGUCAGGCUUCCUAGUACUAAAAGUCAGGGAGAGGAAGGACAGGCAUGCUUUUGGCUCUCUUUCACUCUCUCCUUGGAAUCCCGAUGUUUCAGUCCUUUUUACUUCUGAAGUAGUAGAAACAGCUUCUAGCUGCUAGAGCUGACAGUUCUCAGAACUAAUCCUAUUUGAAUGAUGCUAUUGUACUGACAAACCACUUUCACAUUCAUCAUGUCAUUUCAUCUUCACCCUCACCUCCAAAUGAGAUAAGCAAAGGUUAUCCCUAUUUCAUGGAUGAGGUAACUGAGGCUUAGAGAGGUGACUUGCCUAACGUGACUCAAUUAGUAAACAGCAGAGAUGAGACUCGAAUGUGGGUCUAAUUAUUCCAAGGUUCUUGCUGCGAGAUGAAAUUUUUAAAAAAAGAUUUUUAUUUAUUUAUUUGAGAGAGCAGGCAGAGAGUGCAAGACAGCACAUGAGAAGGGGAGGGGGCAGAGGGAGAGGGAAAAGCAGACUCCUGGUUGAUCAUGGAGCUUGAUGCGUCGUGGAGCUCUAUCUCAGGACCCUGAGAUGACGAUCUGAGCUGAAGGUGGAUGCUUAACUGACUGAGCCACCCAGGCACCCCAUGAUUUUUAUUCUUUUAAAGUAAUCUCUACACCCAGCAUGGGGCUCGAACCUACAACCCCAAGAUCAAGAGUUGCAUGCUCUACAAACAAAGCCAGGCACCCCUUCACAUGAACUUCUUUGACUCUAGAAGUUCACAAAUGAAAUACGGAGACAAGGGAGGAAGAAUGUCUUGAAUCUGGAAGUAGAGGAGGUGGUCUUUCUUAGAGGGGUAAAGCAGAGCCAGGGGUAUAAAGCCACACCCCCUUGGGGGGACUGUGGCAGACUGAUACUUGGGACACCCAAUGGAAGACUGUGAGGUCAGGGGCGGGGCUAGCUCCAGGGGGGCCCCAGGAGCCCCAACAGCAGUUCAGAGCAUGCGGUGUCCAGGAGGAAGCUACAACUGGUCCUCUGAGACUGGUACCCAGGCAAGGCACAAUGCCCCUGUUCCCGACGACAAGACUGCUUAGCCCCUAUGGCUCUGAUCGGCUGGUACGGCUAGCAGCCAGGCUCCGACCAGCACUGUGUGAUACCUUGAUCACUGUGGGAAGCCAAGAAUUCCCUGCCCACAGCCUGGUCUUGGCAGGUGUGAGCCAGCAGCUGGGCCGCAGGGGCCACUGGGCUCUGAUGAAAGGCAUCAGCCCUUCCACCUUUGCCCAGCUUCUGUACUUUGUUUAUGGGGAGAGUGUAGAACUACAGCCUGGGGAACUCGGACCCCUUGAGGAAGCGGCCAGAGCCUUGGGGGUACAGUCUCUGGAAGAGGCAUGCAAGAAGGCUCGACGGGACAGGGCUAGAGAACUGGGUCCAGGGCUCAAGGAACAUCAGGAGGAGCCAGAAAAACCCACAAAGGACUCUGAGAGAGGACUGGAGGGACAUGGAGAGCAGAGACCAGAGACAUUUGUUAGAGCUGGUUGGAGAGAACAAGAGGCACUGUAUGAGCAAAGGCCACCAAAAGACAGCUCUGAGAGAGCAGAGGCAAUGAAGGAGGGUGCGGGGAAGCAGAGGAGAUCAAAGGAAAAACUUAAGCAAUCGCCUAAUGGCCAUGCGGGAACAAAUGGGAAGGAAGACGGGAUUAUGUGGGUAACAGAGAGUCCAGGGGGCUCUGAGGAAGGUCUGCGGGAGUUCUCUUGCCCCCUUCCCCCACCAGGUUCCCUCCAAACAAGCGUCAUUCCUAGGCCCUGGUGGGCUGAGGCCCCUUGGUUGGGGGAGGGCCAGCCCGCCCUGUGGAGCAUCCUGCUGUUGCCACCCAGAUAUGGCACUCCCUUCUCCCAUAGCACCCCCAUCACUGGAGCCUGGCAGGAGGUCUGGCCUCAGGACCAGAGGAUCCCAUUGUCCCUGAACCCUGAGAAAGGUCUCUGGAACCAGAACCAGUUGGCCAACUCCAGUCAUGCCGCAGGUUUCCUCCCCCAGGGCCCCACAAAGCUCAGCCCUGGGGAGAUGAAAGAGUCUGAUCAGAGGCACACAGGUGAACUUGCAACUUGUGUGGGUCAUGUGAGUAGAGCAGGCCCAGCUCACCAACAACCUCCCCCACCCCCACCUGCUCGGUCUCGGCCCUAUUCUUGUUCUGUCUGUGGAAAAAGGUUCUCACUCAAGCAUCAGAUGGAGACGCACUACCGAGUCCACACAGGAGAGAAGCCCUUCUCCUGUAGCCUCUGCCCCCAGCGCUCCCGGGACUUCUCAGCCAUGACCAAGCACCUGCGGACGCAUGGGGCCGCACCAUACCGCUGCCCUCUGUGCCAGGCCGGCUGCCCCAGCCUGGCCUCCAUGCAGGCGCACAUGCGCGGCCACUCGCCCAGCCAGCUCCCACCUGGAUGGACCAUUCGCUCCACCUUCCUCUACUCCUCUUCUUCGAGGCCGUCCCGGGCCUCGACCUCUCCCUGUAGGUCCCCUUCCUCAACCACCUGAUGGGGUUGGUAGCUUCUUUGGCUUCAGCUGACAAUACAAUUAAAGAAUGAAAGACGGGCCGACGGGCUGGCUAGGUUUCUGACCCAGCACCACAGCUAUUGGCAGCCUAGAAAAUCCGGCUCCAAGAAGCGCCGCAGAAAAGGCGCUGCAAGCCUUCUUCCAGAUGCCCGCGGGCCCCAGAAGCCUGGGCCAGCGAGCCCGUGUGGGGUGCGGGCAAUGAAGUUUGCACGAGUGAAAACUGUGCGGGGACUAGCGAUUCCAUCAUCAAAAUAAAGAGUUUCCUGUGCCCUCCUUUCAGGACCAGAA